AUGGUAUAUGGAGGUGAAGAAUUUCGCACGACACUUGCAGCUGCUAUUGAUCUUGAAAAAGAACUUCGUGGUUCGAUAGCUGGCUUUAAUAUGCCUCAAUUCGCUGUCGAUAUGCCGGGUGGUGGAGGAAAGCGGCUUGUUUCCACGUUUGAAGCAUAUGAUCGUGAUACAGGUAUCAGCAUAUUUCAAUCAUCACGAAUCAUGGAAAGAAAAAGCGAUCGUGAUAAAUUAGGAUCAAAUUUAUACUUUUAUUUUGAUCCACUUCGAAGUGUGUCCAGCAAACACCAACAUAAAGAUGUAAGCGAAUUCAUUAACUUGGUUCAACAACUACUUGCAACUAUUCAGAAUCGUACUCCACGUGAAGAUGGCAAUUGA